GGUUGUGUUCAUCUUUGAUGGUCUGGAUGAGUGUCGACUUCCUCUGGACUUCCACAAAACUACAAUCCUAACUGACCCUAGAAAGUCCACCUCAGUGGAUGUGCUGCUAAUAAACCUCAUCAGGGGGAAACUGCUUCCCUCCGCUUACAUCUGGAUAACCACACGACCUGCAGCAGCCAAUCAGAUCCCUCCUGACUGUGUUGGCAUGGUGACAGAGAUCAGAGGGUUCACUGACCCACAGAAGGAGGAGUACUUCUGGACGAGAUUCAGAGAUAAGAAGCAGGCCAGUAGGAUCAUCUCCCACAUCAAGACAUCACGAAGCCUCCACAUCAUGUGCCACAUCCCAGUCUUCUGCUGGAUUGCUGCAACAGUUCUGGAGGAUGUGCUGAAAACCAGAGAGGGAGGACAGCUGCCCAAGACCCUGACUGACAUGUACAUCCACUUCCUGGUGGUUCAAGCCAAAGUGAAGAAGGUCAAGUAUGAUGGAGGAGCUGAGACAGAUCCACACUGGAGUCCAGAGAGCAGGAAGAUGAUGGAGUCUCUGGGAAAACUGGCUUUUGAUCAGCUGCAGAAAGGAAACCUGAUCUUCUAUGAAUCAGACCUGACAGAGUGUGGCAUCGAUAUCAGAGCAGCCUCAGUGUACUCAGGAGUGUUCACACAGAUCUUUAAAGAGGAGAGAGGACUGUACCAGGACAAAGUGUUCUGCUUCAUCCAUCUGAGUGUUCAGGAGUUUCUGGCUGCUUUUCAUGUCCAUCUGACCUUCAUCAACUCUGGACUCAAUCUACUGGAAGAACAAACAACCUCCCAGACACGUGAAACAAGAGAAUCUGCAGAGAAAUACUUCUACCAGAGUGCUGUGAACAAGGCUUUACAAAGUCCAAAUGGAGACCUGGACUUGUUCCUCCGCUUCCUCAUGGGUCUUUCACUGCAGACCAAUCAGACUCUCCUACGAGGUCUGCUGACACAGACAGGAAGUAGCUCACAGACCAAUCAGGAAACAGUCCAGUACAUCAAGAAGACUCUCAGUGAGAGUCUGUCUUCAGAGAAAAGCAUCAAUCUGUUCCACUGUCUGAAUGAACUGAAUGAUCGUUCUCUAGUGGAGGAGAUCCAACAGUCCCUGAGAUCAGGAAGUCUCUCCACAGAUAAACUGUCUCCUGCUCAGUGGUCAGCUCUGGUCUUCAUCUUACUGUCAUCAGAAAAUGAUCUGGAUGUGUUUGACCUGAGUAAAUACUCUGCUUCAGAGGAGGCUCUUCUGAGGCUGCUGCCAGUGGUCAAAGCCUCCAACAAAGCUCUACUGAGUGGAUGUAACCUCUCAAAGAAGAGUUGUGAACCUCUGGCCUCACUGCUUAACUCUGAGUCCUCUACUCUGAGAAUGCUGGACCUGAGUAACAAUGACCUGAAGGAUUCAGGAAUAGAGUUUUUCUCUGCAGGACUGAAAAGUCCUCAUUGUAGACUGGAAAUUCUCAGUCUGUCAGGCUGUCUGAUUACAGAGGAAGGCUGUACCUCUCUGUCCUCAGCUUUGAGCUCCAACCCCUCCCAUUUGAGAGAGCUGGACCUGAGCUACAAUCAUCCAGGAGACUCAGGAAUGAAGCUGCUGUCGGCUGGACUGAAGAAUCCAGGCUGGAGACUGGACACUCUCAGGUAGGGAGAGAAUGUCUGAUAGAGGUGAAAGAGCUGGAAACAUUUCCUUCACAGUUACUGUGUGA